AUGUUCUGCAACGCAACAAUGCAAUCGGCUUCCUUGCCAAUCUUGCUCCUUGGACUCGUAUCUGGUUUGGUGCGCUGCGCUCCUCUCUCUGCCCAGCCCAAUGCUACCUUGGAACGCAGAUGGGAGACUCUCUUGUCCCGCUCCAUGUCUCGAAUCUCCGGAGAGAGGAAGGCCAUCAGCGGAGAGACGGACUAUCUGCUGGGUAUAAAACGACUGCGGCGGCUUUACUGUAACGUCGGCAUAGGAUUUCAUCUUCAAGUAUUGCCCGACGGUAGGAUUAACGGCAAACAUAACGAGAAUCAAUACAGCCUUUUGGAGAUUUCGCCCGUGGAAAGAGGGGUCGUCACCCUUUUCGGUGUCAAAAGCGGGCUGUUUGUCGCCAUGAAUAGCAAAGGCAAACUUUAUGGAUCGGCAUACUACAAUGACGAAUGCAAAUUCAGCGAAAUCCUCCUGCCCAAUAACUACAAUGCCUAUGAAUCCAAAGCGUACCCCAGCAUGUACAUUGCACUGAGCAAGAAUGGCAAAACGAAGAAGGGAAACAGAGUGUCUCCCAUCAUGACAAUGACUCAUUUUCUACCGAGAAUCUGA